AUGGGCUGGCUUCUGCUCCUGGGUCCUCUGCUCGUGGCCGUCGCGCCCGUGCUGUACACCCGCCUCGUGCCGCUCGCCGCGGCCUACCUCCCGGCCCUCGAGAACAGGCGCAUCUGCCUCCUGAUCGCGCACCCGGACGACGAGGCCAUGUUCUUCGCGCCCACCCUCCUCGCCCUCACCCGGCCCGAGACGGGAAACCACGUCAAGAUAUUGUGUCUGAGCUCAGGCGACGCAGACGGCCUGGGCGAGACUCGGAAGAAGGAGCUGAUAAAGAGCGGAAUGAAGCUGGGCCUGCGCAAGGAGCAGGACGUCUAUGUCAUUGAAAGCCCCGACUUCCAAGACUCCAUGACGAACGUAUGGGACAAGACCAAGAUCGCCGCCCUCCUCACGCGCGCCUUCGCGCCCCAGUCCGUCCGCCAGCGCACGGCGGGCGAGGAACCCACCGCCAACAUCGACGUCCUCGUCACCUUCGACUCGACCGGCGUCUCCUCCCACCCGAACCACAUCUCCCUCUACCACGGCGCCCGCGCCUUCAUCUCCACCCUCUCCGCCGACCCGCGCUGGCGCUCCCCGAUCGACAUGUACACCCUGACCUCGGUCCCGAUGGUGCGCAAGUACAGCUCCAUCCUCGACACGAUACCCACCGUCAUCUCCUGGGUCAGCACGCCCGGGAGCAACCCGCCGAAGCCGCCGCCGAAGCCCGUGAAGCCGAAGAAGGAGGCCGAAAACAGCGACAGCGACAGCGACUCCGACUCCGACUCGGAGGACGAGGAGGUCGAGGAGGCCAGGAGGAACUACCACCCCAGCGCGCUGGUGUUCAUGAACCAGCUGGGCCCGGCGGGAGGGUACUCGACGACGUGGAACGCGAUGACGGCGGCGCACAAGAGCCAGAUGGUGUGGUUCCGGUACGGCUGGAUCACGCUGAGCAGGUACAUGGUGGUCAACGACCUGCGAUUGGAGCAGUUCGACAGCGGCGUUGGUAGCGAUGACGGUGCCAGCGUUAAGCCCCAGCAGGAAGCCCCCCGGACGACGGCUGCCAAAAGAGAAAUAUGA